UUGUCAUAAACCACAUCUUGCUUCCCUUUAAGUUCAGCAAAAAAUGUGUCAGGCUGUUUGUGGUCUGUCAGUGUCUGUGUGACUCUUGUGCCUCUAACAUCUUUAACACUGACCUUUGAUAGGAUCAGAUCAACCAUCUAAAGGCUUGCUAUGUCGUGGAUGACCCCCUUACUUAUAUUCUAUCUCCUGAUACUCUACCCACCAUGUCAGGCAAACGAACAAGCCUCUCUAAAGUUUGUUGGUAUCGGAGACUGGGGCGGACUUCCUUUAUACCCCUACUACACACCACAUGAGUUUCACACAGCCAAUGAACUGGGCAUAAUUGCUGAGAGCUCAGGACUGGACUUUGUCCUCAGCUUAGGAGAUCAUUUCUACUUCAGCGGUGUCAGGGACGUAGAUGACACCCGCUUCAAGUCCACCUAUGAGAGCAUAUUCUCCCACCCUGCCCUGAUCGCUGUGCCAUGGUACCUGGUGGCGGGAAAUCACGAUCACCGUGGAAACGUAUCAGCCCAGAUCGCCUACUCAAACAGAUCUGAAAGAUGGAACUACCUUGACCUCUACUAUGAACUGAAGUUCGAGGUUCCUCACAGUAAUGUGUCCCUUACGGUUCUGAUGAUUGACACAGUGGUUUUAUGCGGGAACACCUAUGAUGGACUUGAUCCUGUUGGCCCGGAAGACAAUAUUGCUUCUAACCAACAGCUGAAGUGGAUUGAGAAGAAACUUCAAAACGUCAAGUCAGAAUUUGUCAUUGUGGCUGGGCACUAUCCAGUUUGGUCCAUCGGCUAUCACGGUCCCACCAAGUGUCUAGUAAAGAAACUAAGACCCCUACUGAAGAAGUACAAUGUAUCUUUAUAUCUGUGUGGCCAUGACCACAGUCUGCAGUUUAUCAGAGAAGACGAUGGAAGUUCGUACGUGGUGAGUGGAACUGGAGAUGUAGAGGAUAUAUUCACUGACCACAAGAACAGCUUCCCGUCGUCUUGGCAACUGUUUUCCAACGUGGUCAAUAAGACGGCAGGAGCGUUUGUUUACUUUGAGGUCAAUAGAAGUGAAAUGCUGAUAAGUUACAUCCAACCAGAUGGGAAAUGUGUGUACCAGACAUCUGUCCCUAAACGCACAAUCCAACUCUGAAAUCAUCAUAACAUUCACAGUAUUCUGCUCUUAAAGUGAUAGUUCACACAAAAAUGAGAACCUGUCAUAAUUUACUCACCCUCACGUUGUUCUAAACACGUAUGACUUUCUGAAACAUCUGAUUUAAAACAUCUUUUGUGUUCCAUGGAAGAAAGAAAGUCAUACGGGUAUUAAAUGGUGAUAAAAUGCUAAUUUCUGGGUGAACUAUCCCUCUAAUAAACACAAGAGUCACUUUGACAAUACAUUUUCUGCCAGUAAAUUAAUUCCUAAUUGUAUACAUUGCAUUUUAGUAAUUCAUUUUAGUUUGGUUUGUUAUGUAUAAAAAAAAAAAAAAUUAAAAAAAAAAAAUCCAAUAAGUGUGGUUUUCUGAUGAGUCGCAUUCAAUGGAGUUCUACUAACUUACAAUAGAGGGCGACAUUGCGCUAUUUCACUAAUUGUGUUGUUUGCACAUUCUGAACGUUGCAUUAUAACAUGUCAUCUAAAAACAAAGACCAGCAUACAGAUUAUUCUGCAUGUGCAUUAGUUUUUAUUAUUUUAAUUAAAAAAAAUAUAUAAAAAAAUCUGAUUAGACCAACAAGUUUUACAGGACUGUAAUAUAGGGUACAACGGGGCUAAAGGCCCUGUGGGGUAAAAGUCUCCAUUGAUUUUAUUUUCUCCCAAAACACUAAAUUGCAAUAAAAACUACCACAGCACUUUCCUAAACACCUGUUUGACUCUAUGAACUACAACAUUUUAUUAACCCAUGAGAUCUUUGCAUGUGGUGUCAAAAGGUUGAUUUUGAGGAAAUUUGAUCUCAUUUUGUAUAUUUUUUAAUAUGUUGCAGAUUUACGUAGCUAAUGAAAAUCCCCUAAAUUACCACAUUUCGUUUGAGACAAAAUAGUCAUUUAUCAUUUUCAGUUUUGUUUAAGGUCAUUAAAUCAAACAUUUUUCAAAAACUGUCCAAUAAGUGAAAGGAUGGUAUUUGGGGGUAAAAAGCCCCCACUGUUUCAGGGGCUAAAGGAAAAUAUUAAACACACUGGAGGGUUUUUCAUAACAAGAUUUGUUAUGGAAAAUGUUCAAAGUGUGCUCACAUUGACUCAUCCAAUCAUUAUAUAGAUAUGUUUGUUUAUAGCCUACUUGAGAUGUAAUAAAAUGUCAAAUGUGUUUGACAAUAACAGGAAAUGGUUGACUUUUUCUGUAGUAGUAAUUUUGAGUAAGCAUUAUCUUAAUUUGUCACUCAAAAAAGCAUCUUGCUGUCUCAAAAUUAUUGUAUACAAUGACUAUUGCCCCGGUAUCUACAUGAUAUCACUUUAAACCCCCUAGGGGCCUUUUACCCCAAGUGAGGGAGACUUUUACCACCAUCAUCUGUGCCUUUAGCCUCAUUGUACCCUAAUGUUAGAAAUGGUCAAAUCAAAAUACAGCAUAAAAAAAAUAAAUCACAUUGUUAUUAUCUAGUGAUAGUUGGUAAGCCAUAUGUACAAGGAAUACAGCAUAAAUUAGCUGAGCCUGUCUCAAAUGUGCUUUAAAAAUG